AUACAACAAGUCAAAAUGAGACUCCGCGAACUGAACGUGUCCCUCACGAACGGCAACGGGGGCACUAUGUCGCGCUCUGCUCUGAUGGGCUGGGUCAGCUGCAUGUUGAAGGUGAAGUACACAGAAGUCGGGGAGAUGGUCACCGGAGUGCCGUACUGCCAGAUGAUGGCACACAUGUUCCCUGGCUGCAUCGAUAUGCGACGCUUGAAGGUGUCUCAGUACCUCGACUCAGAUGAAUGCAUCCACAAUCUGAUAUUGUUGCAGGACGCCUUCAGGCGCUUGGGAGUCGAUAAGGCAGUGCCCAUCGAGAGUAUUGCCAGGAACAGCUUUAAGGCAAGCCUGGAAUUCCUGCAGUGGUUCAAAAAGUUUUACGAUAAAUCAUAUAGCAUUGAAUGGGAGGACCCAAUGGGCGGACAGAUAUUAAGGGGACACUCGUAUAGCAAGGAUGGCCACAAGCCCUUGCAGAGUGAUUUGCGUUUGUUGUGCAACGGUGAUGCCACUGCCACUGCCACACAGGCAGCAGCGUCUGUGUCUGGAAGCGGCUUCCCAAAGCCAUUGGCAAAAACUCCACUGCGAGCUGCCAAAAAGCGUGAUGUGCGCAAUCUGAGCAUAUCGCCGACCGAUCUGGGCCCGCCGCCAAAGACCCAGCAGACCGCCAAGGGACAAUCCACACGCGGCAAGUCGUCUGCCACGACCACGCCCACAUUGAUACAGAAACGUUUAAAUGGAACCACAACGGCAGCCACCCCGCCUGCAACAUGCACUCUUAACAACACCAAGGGAGCUGCCACAAAGCAAGCCGCCAGUGCAACACAAAUCAAACAACCAUCGCCACAAGCUAAUCUUAAAAAAAUUACAUCCGUUAAGAGCUCCCCGAUUGUUAAGAUAUCCGAAGAAUCCCUGCGUUCUGGCGUGGAUCAAACCGAGUUGCAGGAGCUCAAUGGACAGCCUUCGACACCGCCAAUGCCAAGGGACUCGAAGCGGGCUUCCCUUAGCCAGGAGUCGCUCUGUGUUUGCGGUGCCGCCGCUGGCUGCAAUUGUCAGACGGAGCCCAAGCUCAAGAAAUGCGAAUGCAAACCCCUCAUCAAUACCCAGAAACAGACAGGAUCCGCGGCAGUCGCAGCCAAGGAGGAGAUGCUCAAACAGGAUGAGAAAGAUCAGGAAAACAAACCACGUAAUACAGCUAGUAGUAAAAAUAAGUCGAGUCCAGUCUGCGAAGUCAUUGGAAAGUCUUGCAGUUCAAUGACGAUGAUUGCCCAUCCCCGGGUGGACAUCACCAUCCAGUAUCCCGCCCUGAGGCCCUACACUAAGAACAAUGUGCUCGACCCUGAGCGUUUGACAGAGUUUCUCGAGGCCAACCACAACGAGAGGGAGCAGGAGCACCGUCAGAUGAUGGGACUCGCCGUAAUGGUUCAGUUCAUGUCUCAAAAGCUGGAUGCCUGCGCCUGCGCAGAGACCAAAGAGCAGUGUGCCCGGGACAGGAGCGCGUUGGAGGACACGAUCGGGCUGCUGCAUCAGACGCAGCGGGAUUGCGAGGAGCUGCGCCAAGAGCUGCACGCCAAGGACGUGGAGUGGGCCCAGCGGCAGCAGGAACGAGAGCAUUUGCAUCGCACUGAACUGAAGCAAGCUGAAGAUAAAGUAAUGGAGGUGCAAAUGCUUGCAAAGCAAAGGUUCUGCGAACUGGAGGCCCAGCUGCGGGCCAAGGACGAGGAGCACAAGCUGGUGCAGGAGGCCUACCAGCUGGAGGUCUCGCACAAGCUGGCCCUCAAGCUGGAACAGUUGACCACCGCCGAGGCACAGAUAAUGGAUCUGCAGUCGCGCCUGCAAAAGGCCGGGGUACAGGAGCAAGAGCUCCGCGACAGACUCAUCCGCAAGAAGAACAUCCACACCACCAGCAUUCACGAGGGCGCCCAGCGCGAACAGGAGCUCAACGAGCGCGUCCAGAGCCUCACCAAGGAGCUGAAUACGUUGCGGGCCAGCAAGGAGUACAGCGAGCGCGAUCUGCGCGAUCGCCUGACCCUCUCACAGGACGAGAUAUCCGUGCUGCGUACCUCGUCUCAGCAGCGUAGUCCCAGCACCAGGACCAGCCUGUCCGACACCAGUGCGGAGCUCUGCCGCCUGACCAGCGAGGCCGAGAGCCUGCGCUGCGUCCUGGAGCUGAAGCAGGCGGAGAUUUCAACGCUGUCCAAGGAGAACGCGGACCUAAAGCGCGAGGGCGAGGAGCGUCUAAAGCUUUCCAAUCAGCUGGAUCUGCUCAAGUCCAAGAACGAGUUGCUGCAGCUAGAGCUAGAGACCAAAGCCGAAAAGGAAAAGGAAACUCAACAAAAGUUGGAUGAACUCCAGAAGGCCUACAAUCAUGAGAGCAUGAAGCGCACUCGUCUCACCUUCGACAAGGAGGAGAUGGUGUACCUCCUCAAGACACGCACCGAGAAGCUGCACAACGCCGAGGCUCGGCUGCAGGAGCGAUCCCUCAGCUCGCAGGACGGUUCGCACUGCUUCAGCCGCAGCACCAACGAGUCAGUGUCGUCGCCCACAUCGCCGAUGAUCAAGGGCAUGAUCGAGAGGAACGACUCGAUCAGCUGGACCCUGGACAUCGACGGCGAAACGCCCAAGGUGCAUUCCGCCAAGAUGGUGCGUCGCAACGGCUCCCUACGUGGCAGCAACGAGCGCAGUCCCAUCCAGCGCCGCCAGCAGGCGAUAAGCAACGGACACGCCAAUGGCCACUCACCGUCGUCCCUAAGGAAUGGCACCUCAUCGUCGGUCCACAGAAAUGGCGGACCCAAUCCGCUCUCGCAGAGCAUGUCGGCCACAGCGCUGGUGCGUGGCAGUCACUCACUCAGCGGCGAAUCGGAGUCGGAGUCCCGCACACGAUCCCAUUCCAUGUGCAUCAAGGGCUCUGCUUCGACGUCCGCUGUUUGCGAGAAGCGACACACAUCCGAGCUCGCCACGCUGGGCGGAGAGCUGCUAUUGCCCGACUGGAACGAGGAUCCCCAUCCCGUCUGCUCCAGCUCGCCACAUACCCAUGCCACGCUGCAGUCGGAGAUGCGUCCGCGCAGCUCCACCAUGAAGCUCAUGUCGUCCGAUGCCAAUGCCCUGAAGAAGUUCCAGGAGAUCCAGGAGUCGGCCGGCGAGGCCAUGGUCUCCGGUGCCAACUCCGAGGACGAGAGCUGCUCGGCCUCAUCGGAGGACAUGAUGCGCAGCUCCACCUCCAGCACGGCAUCGGUGGGCUCCCUCUCCAAGCGACCGAAGCAGCCGUCCUCCCGCAUGUCCAUUGAGGAGGCGCUGCCCUGCACCCCCAUGGAGGUCAGCUGGUCGGAGGAUGCCGCCGAUGCGGAGGCCGAGGCAUGACAGGACAUGCCGCCGGCUCUGGGAGUGGGACUGGGCUACGAGGAGCGGGCAGUCAUCGAGCAGAUUGCCGUUGCCGAGGCAGCCGAAGAGGCUUACGAGAUGGCCGCCUAUGCCGUGAGUGAUGUCCAGCAGGAGGAGCUCAUUGUGGGCGAGCCCGAGGACGACGACGAUGAGGACGGGGAUGACGACGAGGACGAUGAUAGCUUCUAAAGCGCACCUUGUGAACAGAACAUGAAAUGGAAAUGAUAAUGAUAAUUUACAAAUUAAACAAUAGUUGGUUGAUAUUUCUGAAUUGAAAAUGUUUGUGUAAAUAAUUGCAUUUAGCAUUAUAGCAGUAGAUAUAAUAGAUGUCCUGCCCCCGCCCCCCACUUUACCAAUGUAUAACAGGAUAAUGCAUGGAUAUAUAAUAGAACAGUCACAGUCCGUCUGUCAUACGAGUAUGGGAUAGGAUAUGGAUAUGGAAUAUUGGCAUAGAUAUAGCAUACGGCAAAGGACAUAUAAAUGUUAUAGUAUACCACUAACUUUUUUAAUGGAAGCCACAGACACAAACAUUCAUACACACACAACAUACACAUACAUAAAUACAUACAGAAAAUCAAUAUAUAUAUAAAUCUAAAAAUGUUUCAAACCAAUCAGGAGUAGGACCAGAACUCCUGCAGUAAUGUAAUGAAUAGCAUUUAGCUGAAGCAGUAUGAAUAUUUGCAUAAAACUUAUUACUAUACCACGUACCACGUACCACAGCGACAUUGAUAUUGAUAUUGAUAUUGUACUCGAUCCGCGACUCGCUGAUACAUACAUACAUACUAAAUAUGUUAAUCCCAAUCCAAAUACUAGCCUAGCCUCUAGCCUAGCGAUUCUCAAUGAUUGUAAUCCUCCCCAAGCUCAAACCCAUUCACUCGAUGUCCUUAAAUGCCCGCUAAUCGUGUGUAAUAAUAUAAAUAAUAUAUAUAUAAUAAUGUACCAAUUAGUAUGUCAGAUCUAUAAGCUUUAUUCUUGUGUGUUUGUAUGGAAAUUCUAGAUGUACGCGUAUUUAUUAUUUAGUUUUUAAUGCCCGCUACGGAAUGAGCAAGAAGAAAAUUGAAACUGUUUAAAAGCCUAGUUUAUACGAGAGCAUUCUUCUCUCAAUAAUCUAUAUAUUUGUGUACGUAUGAAUUUGUAUUAGUUUUAGUUAAAUAUGUUUUAACUUUCUGUUAUCCUUGGAUUGUACGAGUAUCCGAA